GGUCUGCCAUAACUGGCAGAUGACACCGCAGGAGCCAGGAGCGGGGCGGUGAAAGUGCCGCGGGGGGAGAGAGCCAUAUAUGAGACUGUGGUGUGCGCGCGCGCCUCACUCCACGACCUUUCGGUGUUCCCAGGAGUUAUCUCAAGAUGAAAUCCUUCGUGCUCUGCUUGUUGGUCGCCGUGGCCGUGAGUGCCGCCCCUCAGCGCGAGGGCGCCGCCUACAGCAAGGAGGCGAUCAAGCAGGCGCAAAGCACAUACCUCAUCCCCAAGGAUGCUGUUAUUCAAAAGGUCGAAGAGGGCAUUGAACUGGCAGCCUACGAAUCCAUCCCCGGAAACCAAAAGAUCAAUCUUUUCGAAAUCCUCGGCGACCAGCUCCCGUCAGAGGUGAUCAACAACCUCCAGACGCAGGUUAACCACGUCGGACAACAUUGAGAUUAGCGCAAUACUAGGAUAGGCUGCCGGCAACGGACAUGUGAAAAUAUUAUUGUGGGAUCCAAUAAUACAUCCCUGAUAAUUAGUACAACUUUAUAGUACAAAACGGCCUUCUAAUCGAAUGCUAUUCGUUGUUAAAAAUAUUUAAGAUUUGAAGAUUCCCUUAUCGAAAAUGUUUAAUUCCAUAAUACGGAUGAAAUCUUACUACAUAGGUGUAUGGCAAUCGUACUAAAGAAAUCCUCAUAAAAUUUUAUGUCCGUUACUGGUUUUUAUGGCUCCCAGGGGCCAACUGUUGACUAAUAUUUAAUUUAUUGGUGAAGCAAGCACAGUGAAUGUGAUAUUACAUCUUUUAUACGUAGAUACAUUUGAAUUUUUAUAAUAAAUUAUAAUGAAAUCUA